UCGGCUCCUCGACAUUAAACGGUUCAAGGUUCAGCUCCAAGAAGUCGCUAAUUUUACUACAUUGCCAAAAGUGCGUCGUGUUCGGUCAUUACUCCGCAAAUGAGCUGAUUUGAGGAACUGUUUCAGUACCAGCUGGUGUGGUGAGAAACUAACAAGACCAGGGUGAGAUAUAUCCGCAACAGAGCCACGCCAAGAUGGACGAGUCUACCCCGGCGGAGAUCAGCGAGGACACGAUGGGAAACAAACCCAACGAGGGCCAAACAUCCUGCGGAAAGGACGCCGAUCCAUCGACUGGAGACACUCCGAACAGGGUUGGGGUUUUCUGCUGUCGGGAUUGUGGAGAAGCCUUCAGGGAAGAGGCAGCCUACUUGGAGCAUUGCAGUCAACACCCACAGGAUAACUUGUACUCAGACAACCAGUUGGACAGUGGAGAAAAGGACCGUGGAACACCUUAUUUCUGUACCAUGUGUUCACUCUCAUUUGUUGAACUGAGUGAUUUUGACUUGCACAUGAGAAGUCACGAGAAGAUCCCCCAGGAGGAUUCUGGACGUUCAGUUAAUUCCGGAACAGUGAAGCAGCAGACCUACGAGUGUCCAGACUGCGGGAAAUGUUAUGGUGUGCUCGGAUACUUUCUCAACCAUCGGCGCUCUCACAGACCGCCCUCCAAAUCGGUUUUUCAUGACCUUGAACAUUUGAAAAAAAAAUCAUUUCAAUGUGAGUCUUGUGGGAGGAAUUAUUCUCGAGCUUCAGCGCUUGAUGCCCAUCGGCGUUGUCAUGAGGAAAAGUUGGUGAAGUCGAAACACAGGAGCCCGGGAGAUACAUCGCAGAUGAGUGAAGCAGUGGUGGAAGGCAAGCCCAGUGAAAAUCAGGCAGAGAAUUAUUCAGAAAGUCCUUUCAAGUGUGCGUGCGGUAAAGCUUUUUCUGCCCUGUACCGCCUCAAAACACACCAGCGAUUUAGCCGCAACAGCCAAUGCUCUCCAGAAGAAUUGAAUAAAAAGACAAAGAAGGGCUUCAGUGAGUUCUCCUGCGAAGAAUGUAAAAAGGUCUUCAACGGCCAAAUCGCUCUCUUCAACCACCAGCGGUGGCAUGCUAAUCAGUCUGAUAGAGCUUCUCAAAAGUUUCCAUGUGAGGAAUGUGGGAAAGUGUUUAUGACGCUCACGUUUUAUUACAGACAUCAGCGCACGGCGCACAGCGAGGAGACUCCCUCGAAGUCAUUUCUUCAUCAGGUGUGUCAGCUCCAGAAGAAAUCUUUUGAAUGUACAGACUGCGGGCUGAAGUUUUCCAGGGCUUCUGCUCUACAUUCCCAUCAGCUUCAUCACACGGAUGCUUUCGGGGAAACAGAGAAGGGUGGACAGACGUGCGCCGAUCCAUCAGUGCAGGAAAAAAUGCCAGAAAGCGGCAGAAGCGAGAUGGGUCACCUGCAGACUCCUCCGGAGGCAGAUGUGGAACAGCAGAGUUUGUGUCCUGCCAGUACAGCUGAAGAGUCUCACAUGAACGAGAGCGAAGAUGACAUGGGGAGUUAUGAGCCGGGAGAUUUUAAUGUACAGGUGAUCAGUGCGAGCGAGUCUGAGGGCGAGGAAGUUGAAGAUAUGACUUCUGACCUUGAGCUUGUGUGUGAAUCAGAUCAGGAAUUAAGAGACGAUGCAGAUGCUUCCUUUCAAAAUUUCCUCAACAAACCAGAAUUGGACUUGAAAAUCGUGCAAAUCGACUUAGAGCAAGUCGAUGAGCUCGGUGUGUCGACAACAAGGGAUGUUAAGAAUAGGGAACGAUUCGAAUGUCCAGAGUGUCAUCGCUGGUUCUCUAGUUCUUCAUCACUGCGCAUGCAUAGAACGUGGCAUGGCGUUCGUAAGAAGAGACAUCAGAUUGAAGGUCAGUCAGAGGAAAUCUACUCAUGUAGUACCUGUGGCCAUCAAACAAGUAGCUUUGAAGAACACUGUAAUCACAUCCAAACUCACAGUGAUCCAAGCCUGGACACUGAUGAGUUCCUUCAGGCAGAGGGAUUGGAGAGAAAAAACUUGACAUGCGUCGAGUGUGGCGAAACCUUUACUCAGUUUUCUGCUCUCGUAGCUCAUCAGUUAGAACACCCCAAAAGAAAGCCAUUCCAGUGCCCAGAUUGCAUGGUGUCAUAUUCGCAUGCGUCUAACUUAUUCAACCACAUGAAAACCUGCUCAGUGCAAACGAGAAAGAGCCCUUCAGACACCAAGAAAGAAUAUAAUCCUAAUAAAACCCUGUUGGGCCCAAAGGUCUAUCACUGUGAGCAGUGUGGAAAGGGUUUUUGGUCUUUAGGGGCUUAUUCCCACCAUAAGCAAAGUCAGACAGAGUGUGCAGAUUUGAGGCUACGGAAAGGUUUUACGGGGUCUCUGCACUCUGUUAAUGGACAUGCACGCUCCUUAAUGAAAGUUGCUUGUCCAGUUUGCGGCAGAAAGUUUCGCCACAAGGGAAUCAUGGCGUUGCACAUGCGCAAACACGAAAACGGAAAUCACAAAUGCGAACUGUGCGACAGGUCAUUUCGUCUGUUUUCCAGUCUUCUCAGACACCAGGUGGUGCAUAGCGACCAGCUACUUCCACCACCAAUAAAGUCUUUUCAGCAUCAAGUCGAACAGUUGCAGAAGAACACAUACAGCUGUCCCGACUGCGGGAAGCUGUUUUCACGAGCCAAAGCACUGCAGUUUCAUCUCAAAAGCCAUGGCUACGAGACUGGGCAUGCGCCAUCUUCCCAAGGAUCCACAGUCAAACUGGAGGAUCUUCAGUGUGCUUCAUGCUUUGCGUAUUUCAACAACAAAGUCUCGUUAAGGGCUCACAUGAAACUUUGUGUUGUAAGAGAUGGUCAAGGUGUCAGAAAGACAGAAUCGUCACCGAAUGUUGAUAAUGUCAAAAUGCACAGCGACAAUAUAGAUAUGAGGAAUCAGGGAAGCUCUGAUCCAUUAAAAAUACAAACUGAGGUAAAGAAUGAAGUGGACAGUGGUGAGGUGAAGAUAGACAACGAUAGCUUAGAUGACCAAACUGCACGCAAACAAAAAUACAGAUGUCAAAAGUGUGAAAAGAGCUUUUCAGUGCUUCGAGCUCUGAAUUUUCAUCGAAGAAUUCAUGAUGAUGAUAACGACUCUGCUGCACGAGUGGAUUUGGAAGCGUCUGCUUUGCUUCGGGUUCAUAAACAGGAGCGGCAUAAAAAAGGUUCAUUUGAUUGUUCAGACUGCGGGAGGCGAUUCUCGACUAACGCAGCCCUCGGCUCCCACAGACGAUGGCACACUGAAAAGAAAUGUUCACUGUCCUCGACUCACCACAAUGUCCUUAACCCUGAGGAAGAUGCACAACCUCAAUCAAACCAAAUUGAGCAGAUCUCAAGCUCAGGACGCGUACAAGCUUCACCUCCGUCUGCCAGGUGCAAAAGUGAACAAAGUGACAGUCUGGAGGCAGCAGAUCAGCAGGGUGAUGAGCGGCUGCAACACAAUCCUGAACAUCCUGAUCAGAACCACAAUAGGACUGAAGCCAGCUCUACAACAUCCAGAACCCACAAGUGUCCCAUUUGCUCUUUGACCUUUGCUAAAGCAAGAGGUCUGCGGGCCCACGACUGGCAGGUACACUCAAAGAGCACGAAAGGCAGAAAGAAAAUUCUUUUGAUUGCUGAAGUGGAGGAGUCUGCCUCUAAUAAUGAGCAAGUGAAUCAGAAAGAAGAUUCGUCAGCUGUAGAAACAGUCGCAGUGACCAUAAACAGCAGUCCUGUUGGCAAAGAGAGACCGAAAACUGAGUCGCCCGGGAAGUCCAUCACAUGUCUGGAUUGUGGGAAACUGUACAGCUGUGCAGGUGAGCUCCUAGAUCACAAGAAAGUGUGUUCAGAGGUUAAAUCAGACUCUAAACUGGAGACCCGGCCUGUUGAAGCCAUAUCCGAGAGUUCCCCACCACUCAGCCACGUGUCCGAGCACACAGCCAAAUGCUUCUUUAAGUGUAACAAGUGUGGGAAAGCCUUCCAGACUGAGGAGCAACUGGGAACCCACAAGCUGAAAUCAAAGAGCCGGCCGUACUGCUGCGCUCUGUGCUGCCACGGCUUCUGGACCGAGACUCAGCUGCAGCAGCACCUGGCCUGGCACGAUGAAGUCCGCUGUCGUCUCCCCAACGAGGUCCGGUAUCGCCUCAGCGCCGCGCUGACCCCAAAGCCCCCGAAAGCCCACGGCAUUGGGAAGCCUCUGCCAUCAUCCCCUGCAAAACGGGCUUCUCCCGACCCGGCCGGCCAGUCCCAGAACAGCCAUAAAUGCCAACACUGUGGCAAAGCCUUUCUGUCGCCAGCCGCUUUACAAAGACACGAGACGGAGCAGUGCGACCACAACAACUCCUUCCACUGCUCCUUCUGCCCCGGGACUUUCAGGGGAAUACAGGAGCUCAUCGAUCACCACCAGGAUUGUAUGAGGAACUACGAGCGACGAAGUGAAGCCGCUGUAUCAUCAGGAGAACCUGAGGACCUCGCCUGCCUUGAAUGUGGAACUACUUUUUUCAAAGAAAGCGAUUUGCACCAGCACUAUAUUGAACAUGCCCGUGGUUACUAGAGUAGGGGGGGGGAUGCCAUAUAUGAGGUAGAAAUGUUCGGUUGGGCCUGUGGUUUGACUUUCCUGAUGGUUUGUAUAGGAUGUGGGAUUCUUGAUAUUUAAGCUCUUCUGUUGGUUACUUUCUCAGGCUUUCGGUUACACUGGACUACAUGAUGUACAUGUAUGUAUAACUGGGUUUUUUUUUUUUUUUAAUUUUUUUUAUUCAUGUCGACAUCUUAAAUGUACAGACUUUUGAGUAUCUGUUAUUCAACAGACCUGGCAUGAAUGUGGGUUUCGGGAUCGCUGGUUUAUGCUUUGAAGUUUAUGCUAAGAUCUUCGAGAGAAGCUGUAAAAACUUUUCUGCACAUGGCUCCUCAUGCUUUUGAAAGUCAGACAGAAGUGCUGUUAACACUACUUUUUCUCAGCUUUUGAUUACAUUAAAACAAUUCUGCACAAGAAAAUCUGUAUUUCCCUAAUUUGCUGCUGAUUUUUGUCAUUUCUGAUGUUUUGAAGGUUAAAAUAUUUGCAUACAUGACAGAAAGCUGAACUUAAAAAGUGUACAUGUUUACCUGCGAUGUAGAUUGAUCGGACAUGAAAUUCCAAGGUUUGCCAUCACACUCCCAUAAACAAACGAGACAAUAAACUGGAUGCCUUGUAGAUAUUGUUUAGAAUUAUUUGACUCAUUAGCUCCAGCGUUAACUUUCUUUUCAGUGUUAGAAUUCUUUGUUGUGGCGAGAAAAUUAGGUUCCUCAGAUAGAAUAGCACUUUUUGUUCUGAUAUGAUUUGUGUUUGCUAUUUAAAAAAGAAAACAAAAAAAAAACAACGUAUUUUUUCUUUACAU